CGCUCACCGGGGGGCCGCAGGCUCUCGGCGGGGCUGCUGCGCCAGGCCACCUACACGACGACGCGCCUGGGCAUCUACAGCGUCCUGCUGGAGCGGCUGGGGGGGCCCGACGGCAGCCCCCCCCCCCUUCCUGACCAAGGCCGCCAUCGGCAUGAGCGCGGGCGCCGCGGGGGCCUUCGUCGGGACCCCGGCCGAGGUCGCCCUCAUCCGCAUGACGGCCGACGGCCGGCUGCCCCCCGCCGAGCGCCGCGGGUACCGCAACGUCUUCGACGCGCUGCUGCGGAUGGGGCGGGAGGAGGGGGUGGCCACGCUCUGGAGGGGCUGCAUCCCCACCAUGGCGCGGGCCGUGGUGGUCAACGCCGCCCAACUCGCCUCCUACUCCCAGUCCAAGCAGCUGCUCCUCGACACGGGGCGCUUCCAGGACGACAUCCUCUGCCACUUCUGCGCCAGCAUGAUCAGCGGCCUCGUCACCACGGCCGCCUCCAUGCCUGUGGACAUCGUUAAGACCCGCAUCCAGAACAUGCGGAUGAUCGACGGGAAACCUGAGUAUCGCAACGGGCUGGACGUGCUGGUGAAGGUGGUGCGGCUCGAGGGGUUCUUCAGCCUCUGGAAGGGCUUCACCCCCUACUACGCCCGCCUGGGCCCCCACACUGUGCUCACCUUCAUCUUCCUCGAGCAGAUGAACAAGUGGUACAAGAGGCUCUUCCUCAGCGCCUGAGGCCCCAUAGCGCCCGUGGGGCGGCCCCAUAGUGCCCGUGGGGCGGCCCCACAGCCGUGUGGGGGGCUGUGGAGUGGCCCUACAGCGGCUGUGGGGCAGCCCUAUGGCCAUGUAGGGGCUGUAGGGUGGCCCCAUGGCUGUGUGGGGGCUGUGGGGCAGCCCUAUGGUAGCUGUGGGGUGGCCCUAUAGGGGCUAUGGGGUGCCUCUGUCCCCACGGUAGGUGUGGGGCAGCUCUGUGGGGCACCUCUGUGUCGCUAUGGGGCAGCCCCACGGCCCUAUGGGGGGGCUGUGGGGUGGCCUUAUAUCUCCCCAGAGCUGUGGGGUGCCCCCCCCCAUCCCCCCCCAUCCCUAUAGGUCAGUGAAGGUGGUGGUGGGGUCGGGUCGGGAGCCUCAGGGGGGGCCCUGCCCCACAUCUGUGGGGCCGGGAGCCUGCAGCCCCCCCCAGCUUGGGGGUCUGGGGCUUGUUGGGGGGCAGCCCCUGCUAUGGGGCAGCCCCAUAUUCCCCCCGCUCCCACCAGUACCUGGAGUCAAGUGCUCCACAGUGCCCCCCCACGCCCCACAUCCGGGGGUCCCCAGCCCCACACCCACCCCACGCCCACCCCCCCAACGGGAGUCGGGGGCCAUUUUGGGGUUCAGUGUUUUAUUGACAGUGAAGGUCAAGGCCGCGGUGUGGGGCAGGAGCCCACCCCACCCCACCGUCCCUGCCCCACGGCGGGACCCCCCCGCCCCACACCCCGCCGUGGGGCGCCCCACGGCCCAUAAAGUGCUUCGUUAAUUGUUCCUCAUUAUGAAAUAAUUAAAAAAGAAUUUGUGGA